AUGAAGCCCGUCGUUGGUGCUGGCGCCGCAUGGCAAUGCACCGUCAUUUCCGUCUUCGGUAUCGUCAUCCUCGGUAUCCUGAGCAUUCUGUUCGCCAAGAACCACCCCGAACUCGUCGGAGGAAAGGAGGACCCUGAGAACGGCGGCGCCGUCGCUGGCACCCUCUUCGUUGCUGUCCUUGUCUACAUUGGCUUCUUCAUCUUCUGCGGCAUCCAGGGCAUGCUCCACAUCCGGGAGAAUCGACGAGGAGCGAUCGCGUUGUAG